UGAAAAUAUCUAGUCAUUGCAUUAAACAUCGUGUGAAUAUUUAUAAGUUUGUUUUGACCUGCUUUGUUAGAAAUAAAGUUUACAACACUGAGAUGUCAAGCGUGUCUGGGUUCCUGUAAGGAGGACGUGUCUAGCAAACGUGGAUAAGUUAGCACAUAUGAAGCGCAAGCUAUGUGUGGCGCCUGGUUUUACGUGUGACGACGACAUGGAGGAGCUCAAUGUGGCAGCUCUAUCCAGGCGGAAGGAGUCCGCGGCCCCGCUGACGGGGGAGCGAGACGGGACUAUAUUUCGCCACGCUCUUAAUUACCCACUUGCAUUGGUGUUGAGGCUUAGAGUAUUACAAAUAGUAUGCGGCAUAUCAGCUAUGGUCAUGGGCAGUGUGGCCUUUAUAGAAGAAAGGCAGAAAUUUAAUAUGGGGCUGGGCAUCCCAGCUGGAGGCAUCAGCGUACUUGCCGCAGCGGUAUCAAUCCAUACGUCGCGGGGAUGGAGCGCUGUGUCGAGCCCAGCGGCAGCGGGAGCGGGCGCGGCGAGCGUUUUGUGGGCCGCCGCCGCUUGUCUGCUGCUUGCAUUGGUCGUUCAAUGCUGUAGAACAAUAUUGGAUCCAUCCGGUGUAGACCAUGGGGAUGGACCAGAUGAAGAAGACUCAGCGCCCUCUUCACGAGAUUUAGUAGUAAUAGCGUGUGUACAAAUUGCUCUAGCCGCAGCAACACUCCUUAGCGCCGCGGUAUGCGCUAGGAUAGACUGCAGCGCAUGACGCGAGCCAACGCGGACGCUCACACGACGCCGCGUGAGUGAAGCGCCCGCUCUCGCUACCUCUGCCGCUCCUCCCGACAACGUAAUCCCACCCGACGACACAGUGGAACGAGAGAAGGGUGGGCGUGUAGCGUGGUUGAUAUAAAGGUGUAGUAGCACGUUAUUUCCACUGUGUACAUACAUUUGUAAAGUGAAAAAUGUACAUUCAACUCUUUGUUUAUACGACUAUGUUAUAGAUUAGAGUAAUGGAAACGUACGACGGUAAAGUAAUGGAAACUUUGAUAUUAAAAGGUAAACGUAUUUUGUUGGAAUAUUUGUUUUACUGUCUACGUUUGGUUAAGUUGAGUGAGCGGGGGUUUAAGUUUUAUGCAUGAGCAACAAAUGCAUUGUUGGGUUUGUAGGUUUGUUUACAGUUGCAAAUGAAGUGACGUCUGAUAAUACUAUAUUAUAGUCUUAUUACUUAUACUAUAUUAAUUUAUGUAUAUCAUAUCAAUUUAGGCAUACAUUUAUGUGUAUAUUACAGCUGUGCCCGCGACUUCGUUGGCGUGGUUAUAUAUAUACACU